GGCCGUGGCCGUGGGCUUCCUCUUCCUCGCAGAAACGCACCUGAUCGAGGUGCCAUAACCCUAGCGGCGGAUCCGGCGAGUUUCACCGCAGCACUCUCCACCGGGAGGGUGAAGUGGAGGACACGGGGAGGUGGCUUGGCCAAGCACCUGAUCGCCAGUGAUUUUUACCGCAGCCAACAUCACAGAUCGGCAGACAUGUCGGGGACAACCACGCCAACUACUCCUUCGUAUUUUGUCGAGCGUAUGGUUCGUGGCGAACUGUGUCGUUUCGACACAAGGUUAGAGACUUGGCAUGAUCCCACUCCUAGGGAAUCAGAAUUUACUCUUAAGGAUCUUCGUGAGGCUUUUAUUAAGGCUGCCAGACGCAGUCUUAGCCUUGUGGACAGGUCAACAUUUAGGCCUAGCGAGGAGCAGCUUAGGCAAAGAGAAGAGCAGGAUCGCAAGUUCUUGAUUGUAGCACUGAAAGUCUAUACCAAGAAAAAUAACAUGCAGCCGACUGAACUGGAAUUUGUGGAAGUGAAACGAAGAAACCUUAUUGAUGAAUGCGGGAUAGGAUAUUUGCAUUUCAACUUUUUAGUGAAAGGAUUAGAGGGUAAACAUAUAAUGUUUUUUGCUGAAGUGCAUCAUGAUCUUGAAGAUGAGAAUGAUGUCUAUGCUUGCAUGCCUUUGAGGGAAGAUGACUUCAAACCAUCAGAAGGAAAUGACCAAGCUCCGUGCAAAGGGUGUCAAUAUCAGGCUGAAGAUCUUGUACAUCCCAGUUGUGGUGGCUUCUUAGGUGGGCACAAGUAUGGUUUCGUGCCGUAUUGGGACAGUGAUGAAGAGCGUGAUGAUGAAUUCUGUUAGUGGGAAGUUUGUGUUAUUCAGUUGUGUGAGAGGAGAGCUAUUGCAAAGUGACAUGAUCUGUACUCAAGAAUCCUAUCCUCCAUGAACAUAUUUAAUGUAGUAUGGAGUGUGUCUCAGUUCUGUGACAGAAGCGGUCUUAAUUUAAUUUUGUGCAUACUAGAAAGUAUUUCCCUCUCCUAUAUUACAAGCUGGUAUCUGUACAAUUUCUGUCCGACUCA